UUCCCAUCCAAGGCAAGCCGAGCGGUCGGCUCUCUGCUCCCAAAUCCCAACCUCCCCUUCUCCUCUUCCCUCCGCUCCGGCGCCGCCCGUUCACCGCCGCCUACCACCGUAGGACCGUCCCGGCGUCCGACCGCGCUGCCCGAACGCCGUCCGCGGUCUCUCCCUUGUUACAAGAUCCCUAGGCUUGUAGUUUAUUCUAGGGUUUCUUAACCAUCCAAAAGCUACGCUUUUUGCCCCGGAUUCCUGGAACAUGGCAAGCAAAGCUAGUGGUGAUAUCAGGGAACCGAUGAAUGAGCAAGCAAUUGCAAAUAUGUAUGCGACCAUGCGCUCUGAGAUGAGCCAGUUCUACUCAAAGAUCACAGAAUUAGAGAUGGAAGUCAGCGAGCAUUCCCUUGUAAUUGGUGCAAUACAGCCGCUCGAUCCCUCAAGGCGCUGCUAUCGGAUGGUUGGUGGUGUGCUGGUAGAGAGGACGGUUAAGGAGGUCCUGCCUGCAGUGCAGCGCAACAAGGCAGGCCUUGAAGAGGUCAUUGCUCGCCUUAACGAGGCAUUGGAGAAGAAGAAAAAAGAGAUCGCGGAGUUUGAGUUGAAGCAUAAGAUCAAGAUCAGGAAAGCAGACACCGAGGCUAACGAUGACGGUAACCGUAAAGAAGGUUCUGCUCAGGGUGUUCUUGUAGGUCCGGCAAAUGAGUAGGGCGAGGGAUGGUACAUUAAGCUACAAAGAGUUAAACUUCUAGAUGGAAAUGUGGUUACGUUAACUGCGAGCAUGGAUGCUAUUGUAUUUUUGUGUUAAAGGAUACAUAUUUGCGUUUGGUUUUGGACUGCCUCAAAAAAUGACAAGCUUAAGUGGAUAAAUGCUGUGAAUGCUUCAACUUCGACAAAUCUUUAGUUCUCUGUUAUCAGUUGACCUUU